GUCCGAGCGGCGGUCGCGGCCGGCCGCCAGUCACCGUCGCUGUGCGCGUGCGGGAGCAGCAACUGCCAGAGCUCCGUACACCGCGAUGAUCGGCGGAGAGGUGAAGAGAGAAGGGCUGCAGCUGAACUUCAGUCGCAGCAUCAGUGCGCCGGGCGAGGCGGCGGCGCCGGCCAACGGCCUGACUGUGCCCGUGCGACUUCGUCCGCUUUCCCUGCCCGCCUCGCCAAGCUCAGAGGCGGCCGAGAUGAAGAAGUCGCUGGUGGUGGCGCGGACGCGACAGUGCAGCAGCGAGGAGCUGGCCAGGCGGCUCAGCUCGGGCCGCAACAACACGUUCGUGUUACUGGACGUGCGGCCGUUCAUGGUGUACAACACGUCGCAUAUCCAGGGCGCUAUCAACCUCAACUGUAUGGACCGCUUCAACCGGCGCCGCCUGCAGCUGGGCAAGGCGUCACUGGCCGAGCUGGCCACCAACAAGGAGGCUAAGGAUCUGCUGAAGCGCAGGACGUACCGCGAGUUCAUCGUCUGUGACGAUGACACCACGGACCUGGACCUGCUGCCCUCCAGCCACCCCCUGUUCAUGGUGUUCAGCGCCCUUCUGGAGGACAACCGGGAGCCGGUGCUGCUGACAGGUGGCAUGAAGGCGUUCUGCCGCGACUUCGCGUCGCUCUGUCACUCGGAGCUGCGUCCGAUGACGCUCGACGGACCCGACUCGGUGGCGCAGCUGCGCGAGCGCGCCGACGAGAUCGAGAGCGCGCAGGUGACGCAGAUCCUGCCGUUCCUCUACGUCGGCAACCAGCAAGACGCCAAGGACCUGGUCAGUCUCAAGAACUGCGGCAUCACGCGCGUGCUGAACGUGACGGCCCACGUGCCGGGCUACCAUCAGCAGCAAGGCAUCAGCUACAAGACGCUGCCGGCGGCCGACUCGGGCCAGCAGAACAUCAGCCAGUACUUUGACGAGGCGCUCGAGUUCAUCGACUGCGCCCGGCGGCAUCAGGCGAAUGUGCUGGUCCACUGCGUGGCCGGCGUGUCUCGCUCGCCCACCAUCGCUAUCGCCUACAUCAUGAAGUACCUGCCGAUGACCAUGCUGGAGGCGUACCAUCUGGUCAAGUCGCGCCGCCCCAUCAUCAGCCCCAACCUCAACUUCAUGGGCCAGCUGCUGGAGUGGGAACAGUGUCUGCGCUCAGAGCUCAGCACGUGCUCGGAGGGCUCGGCGCCGAGCGCGGUGUGCCUGCCGGGGCCGCCAGCCGGCCAGCAGAGCCCCUGCCGGCCGCUGGAAACGUGCACCAGCUGACCGGAGCGGCCCGCGCCCGACCCCGCGCCGCCGACCGGCCAGCAGAGUCCCCGCCGGCCGCUGGAGACGGAGGCCUGACCGCGCUUGGGUCGGGAGAAGCCGCAGCGGCGGCCGCACUGCCCUACCUCGCCGCCGACCACGCGCCGCGGAGGCGGCCGGCUGUCGGCGGCGCACCCGGGGCCCGGGUGCGCCCGCCCCGCCGCGCCCCCGGCCCCGUCGGAAGUAUUACGCCCGCCUGUGUCAUGAUCUCAACUUAGAUCGCCCGGACCGUGUCCGUCCGAGGCGGUCGGAGAGUGUUUGUGAUCGCGCCGUCGGGUCACGUGACGUACGUCGACCCAACGGUCGGGCGGAGGAGGCCCGGCCCGCGCGGCGCGCUCUGCCGCUCCGGACUGAUCCGGGACCCCCGGCCGCAGUCGGUCUUAGCCGUGAAGUGUGCCAUUAGCUUACGCCACCCUUGUCUUGUAUACUCUCACGUUGUACUAGCUGGGAGUCACGGCAGUCUUCUUUGUGCUAUAGUUUCGUGGAGUCGCCAUCACCAUGUAGAGAACGCGUGAUGUGUAUCAAACAUGAAGAACGUAUUUAUUUUAUCGCGCCUUUUGUAGAUACGUGUGUCGAAGUGGUAGAUGUCUGAGUCUGGUUUUGAUUUGUGUUCACUGAAGUACCCGUCACCAUUCAUAUAUCCCACAAAGUGAGUGUGAAAUAAACAAACAUAUUAUGGA